CUGUGAAUGCCUCUCACCAAUGUGGGAGUUGCCCUAGUGCAGACCCCUGUGCAGGAGGAAGGCUGUAUUCAUGGCCACAUUGGUAACGUGGGCUUUUGGAGAGGAGUGAUACUGUGGCAGAGAUGAUGAAUCACCAAGAGAGAGUCAGUCAUGGAACUGCAGGACCAGCAGAAGAGAGAAGUUGCUCCUGGCUGAAACCCUGGGUCUUCUUUAUUUCUGUCCUUGUGAUCAAAACUGUCUUCGUCACUGUUUGCCUCGUUGUUUUCCUUCAUGGAAGCUAUGGCCAGUACAAGAUUCUGAUCCAGAAUGCUACAGAGUGGCACUGUGUCCUCAACAUAUCUGCAGGCAAAGAGGAGGUCUGGGCAUGCUGCCCGAAGGGAUGGAGACGCUUUCAAGAAAAGUGCUAUUAUCUGUCCACUGAUAAGAUGCCCUGGGCUGAGAGUGAGCAGAACUGCAGCGGGAUGGGCUCCCACCUGGUGGUGAUCAACAGUGAUGACGAGCAGGAGUUCCUCUUCAACUGGGCAAAAGAAGUACCUACUAAGGCCUAUGAAACAAAAUACUACAUAGGUUUAACUGCUUAUGUAAAUGGGCAAUGGCAGUGGGUGGAUCAGACACCAUACAAGAAGGCAGCCAUGUUCUGGAAGCCAGGGGAACCCAAUUUACUCUUUGCAGAAAAAUGUGCUGCAAUUCACGUCAAGGGAAACAGAGAUUCCAAUACUUACAGUAACUGGAAUAAUGUUCUUUGCUUCACAAAUUGCUAUCGGAUUUGUGAACUGACAGUCAAAUUUGUCUGAAGAAGGAAAUACCAGUUUGGAUGAAGGAUCUGAAAAAGUAUCCUUGAGAAAGGGCAGCUCAUGAAACAACUAAUUGAAAGCUGGCCAGAGCUCAAACAAAUGGUUUAUUUUUGUGAUGUAGGAUGAGAAAGCCUGCCACAGAAUCAUGUCUCUGAAAGACCUGAGUUCCCAGCCUGUGCCCUUGCAUCUCUUUCCAAGCUAGACAUCAGUCCUGAAUGAAAUUGCUCAGGCUGAUGUCAAGUACUCUCUGUGCUUCUUUUCAUUUUUCUCCUUCACAAGAUGGAUUCCCUGAUCCUCCAGUACUCUUCUUGUCUCCUUGUCCAGUUGGUAUCUCAAUGAUGCAGUAAAUACUCUCUCUCCAUCAUGAAAGGAGUCCCAGCCCUCUGCCAUCCCAGCCUUCCUGCAUGGAGGUUUUUAACAUUUCAGUGUGUUUCACAUCUGCAGGUAAAAGUGUUACUGUGAGUGUGCUGGACUGUCCAGGAGAAGGAACAACCUGGUGUUCAUCUGCAGAGCAUGUGAGAAAAGCUCUGAACACU